AUGGAUGGUAACAGGUCCCAAAUCCCGGUACAGCUCGACAGUGAGACCCUAGCUUUAGAGAAUAAUAUUCUCCACUACCAGCUGACCGUCAAGAGACAGGAAAACAUCAAUCUCAUCCGUGAGAACAACACCCUCUGGCGCGCCCACCACCACCUGCUGGAGACCAACGUGGCCCUGGCGCCCGAGAACGCUCAGCUGCGACUGGAGCUUCAGCGACAGAACUAUGCCGGUCCGUCCUCCGAGGUGCAGCUCGCGCGCCUCAAGCACGAGGUCACCCGACUCCAGACGGCUAACCGACAUCUACAGAUCCAGAACCGCCGCAUACGGGAACAGGGCGGAAGGAUAAAGUCGCUCAGCCAGGAGGUCGUCUCUCUGACCGCCCAGUUGGAGGCGAUCAGGAUCGACCAGUCAGCGAGGUAUCAGACUGUCGCCAACACGGCUGAGAUGGCGCCUGGCCAUCUUGAGGCCUUGAGCAAGAAGCUGGAUGAUGUGAAUUAG